AUGCGUCCUCGUGCGCCCCCUUCUUCCCCCCCCCCCUCCCCGCCCUCGCACUUCAGCACACCUUUCGCGCCUUCGUCUCUUGCUUCCACUCCCGUUCCGUUCACCCUCGUUCCUUGCCCUUCCUACCCCCCUCACCCCGUGCUCCCCCCUCACCCCGUGCUCCCCCCUCACCGUUACCCCCUCACCGUCUUCCCCCGCGCCAUUCCAUCCCGCCCCUCCGCCUCCCCCUGCGCCCGCCGUCCCGCCGUGCCUCCGCGCAGCCAGCGGCGAGUGCGCGCCAUGGCGGGGGCCGCCGGGGCGGUCGAGAGCGCGGCGGCAGCAGCGCUGCGCGCGGUGCUGCGGCGAGUGGCGCAGGCAGCGGAGCGGGCGGGCAGGAACGCCGGGCAGGUUCGGGUGGUGGCUGUGAGCAAGACCAAGCCUGUGACGCUGCUUCGGGAGGUGUACGAUGCAGGGCAGAGGCACUUUGGGGAGAACUACGUGCAGGAGAUCAUUGAGAAGGCGCCUCAGCUCCCAUCAGACACCAAGUGGCAUUUCAUUGGACAUCUUCAGAGCAACAAGGCCAAGAGCCUCGUGUCAGGAGUGCCCAACCUCUUCAUGGUCGAAACAUUGGACAGCAGCCGGAUCGCCAACUAUCUCAACAGGGCCGUGGCAGCAGCGGGGCGGCCUCCCUUGCGUGUGCUGGUGCAGGUCAACACGAGCGGCGAGGAGAGCAAGCACGGGGUGCAUCCAUCAGCGUGUGUGGACCUGGUCCGGCACGUCACAUCCGAGUGUCCCAACCUCUGCUUCGCAGGCCUCAUGACCAUCGGCAUGCCCGACUACUCCUCCCGCCCCGAAAACUUUGAGGCGCUUGCCAGGUGUCGAGCGGAGGUGUGUGAGCAGCUAGGGCUCACCCCAAGCGAGUUGGAGCUAUCAAUGGGCAUGUCUAACGACUUUGAGCAGGCGGUGGAGAUGGGCAGCACGAACGUGCGAGCCGGCAAGGGACUGACCGAUGCGUACAACAAAGGCAAGAAGCCCGCGCAGCAGCUCGUUCCGUACGAGCCGGUGGGAUCCGGCGCCGGAAUCACCGGCUUCAACGGCGGAACCUACCAGAUCGCCAUUUCCGACGACCCCAUGACCUCCACGCAGGAGGCUAGCGCUCCCCCGAAGAUCACCGUGCCGCUCUGCGUGUCCACCUUCAGCUUCUUCGUGAACGGCGCCAAGGGCGUCGUGCUGACGGCGGCGCAGACGUAUUCGAUCUACAAGGGUGAUAUCACCGCCUGGUCCGCCGUGCCCGGCGCUAAGGGCAAGAACACGGACGGCACUGCGAUGACCUAUGCCGGCCUCACUAAGGCGGACGGCACUAGCGGCAUGUGCACUGCGAUCGCCUCCACCAAGGGCGCCAUUGGCUACGCGUUCACCGGCGCGUGUGCCGCGAAGUUCGUCGCAUCUCUGAAGAACGCCAACGGAGUGGCCGUCGCCCCUCCUGCCUGGAAUCCCGCCCUGGCCAUCCCCGCCGCCCCUCCCGCCGCACCCGACGCGUCGUGGGCGAGCGUUGACUUCGUGUGGAAGGCCGGCGCCAAGACCCCUCCGAUGGUGUCCAUGGAGUUUGCCUUCAUCAAGAAGACGCCCACGAGUCCGGUCGCAAAGACCUUCAUGUUGUAUAUGAUUAAGUCUCUGGCGGCCAAGGGUGGGUACGGGUUCAACCCCACUCCCAAGGCCUGGCUCGUUCCUUCCGCGACCAUGGUGAAUGCGAUCAAGUAA